CCACGGUAUUCCACACUUCAGUCCGAGUCCAUAUCGUCGUAGCUGAUCCGCGCGCUUGGAGAGCCACGUUGGAUGUACAUACCUUUACGUUACCUUUGUAUACGUUAUCUUUUUAUUGAAAAUCUGUGAAAAUCUUACAAAGAUAGUAAAGAGCAGCGACUAUAUUAGCUUUAAGGUAUAACUGGAAAUGUUAUCUAAAAUGGACUAUUUGCGUUUCAGAUGAUUACCGACGUACAAUUGGCAAUAUUCUGCAACAUCCUAGGAGUUGCGUUGUUUUUCUUAGUAUUCAUCUUCCACUACAUAAAUGCGAAUUACACGAAAUGAGGAAUGGAGAACUGUCAUGCGAAAAAGUUUGAUUAAUGUAACCUAACCUAACCUAACUUACAUAUGUUAUUGCAUCAUUUGCGAUUUGUAUGGUUGUCACAUUUAAUCCAAUAAAGUAUUCAAUAUGUUAUUUUACAACUUGAAAA